AUGCAGAGUCUGGUUGACGCGGGCGCAUGGUAUGACAAGCAGAUGAAGGUUCGGCCUCUUUGGACCAAAGCAGUCACCUCCUCCGUACUGGCAGCCUGCAGCAGUGCGGUGUCGCAAGCCCUUCGGCGCAGAGCCUCGCUGAGAGAGCUGCUCAGCUUUGCGGCUCAGGCGGCGCCGCCGGUGUCGCACUUCUGGUUCCAGCUUCUGGACGCGCGGCUCGGGUCCGGGAGGAUUUUCACGAAGACGCUCCUGGACCAGGUGCUCUUCCGGCCUGUGAUGAUCGCUUAUGGCUUCGCCAGCUUUGCUUUGAAGCUCAGACAGUCCACCUGUGCUUUUUCGGGGGUCAGGUACUGA